CACACACACAGCUCACCUGUUCAAUGAUCAAUGUACAAAUUGUGUCUACUCCAAAAAAAUAAAACUGCUCAUAGAACAUAGACACACUAUAUCUAAAUUGCCAAAUUGAUCCAAGUCAAAAGUACUAUUUAAAUUUAAUUAUUUUGUAUUGCUAAAUAUUAUAAAAUGGGUGUCGAUAAAGAUAGUGAACAAUUGGUUCUGUUAUUAUUACCAGUUGAUGUUGAUGAAUCAGAAAAGAAACAAAUUGUCAGUGAGGUUAAUGGCAAUGUCUCCAACAUGAAAAUCAUCAGUCAUUUUGAUUCAAAUACAGAAAAAUCUUCGAUAAAUAUGAUUCUUUCAUUUGUCGAAUACCAGGAUGAUUCAUCAGCCAAGCUUCAUGAAAUUUUAAAACCAGGUGGUGCAAUUAUUCUGUACAAAAUAAUUGACUCAUCAAUAGAAAAUAAAAAUAUAUUUUCUGAUGAAACAUCAAAACUUCGUUUGGCUGGUUUUCGUAUUAAAGAAAAUAAAAAUAUUUCAUUGUCAUUAAAUAUGAAAAUUCGUGAUGUCAUGAAGAGUAAUAAUUCAGAUGUUAAAUUAUACUCAAUUGAAGCUGAAAAACCAAACUACGAGAUGGGUUCAUCAGUGGCACUGUCAUUUGCAACAAAACCAAAACCAACAGUUUGGAAAUUAGAUGAUGUUGUUGAUGAUGAUUUAAUUGACGAUGAUGAUUUAUUAGAUGAAUCUGAUAAAGUUAAACCAACUGAAACAUCAUUAAGAGUUUGUGGAACAACUGGUAAAAGAAAAGCCUGCAAAGAUUGUAGUUGUGGUUUAGCUGAAGAAUUAAGUGGUGAAGUUGUAGAUGAGGAACCAAAAAAAUCAUCUUGUGGCAGUUGUUAUCUUGGUGAUGCAUUCCGUUGUGCAAGUUGUCCUUAUCUUGGAAUGCCAGCAUUUAAACCAGGUGAAAAAGUACAACUCUCAGAUGUCUAAAUAAAUAUUCCUAAAUAAUUUUUGUAAUCAUUCUUUAAACAUAAAAAAAAACAAGCAAUUGCUAUGUUUUUUUUUUGUUAAAUGUUAUUUUUUAAAUAAUACAAAUAAUAAAUAAAGAUGAAAAGUAAUAUUUAA